UGAAGACUCUACGUACUCCACUUUCAACGAUCAUCCACGCUCAAUGUAACAUCACCACAUUCAUCGAGUAUUGCUUUUACAAUCCGAUACAAAGAUGUUGGCUGCGCGUGAUCAGGAAAAUCUGGUGCAUGGCCAUCAACAAGUUGCCGCAUCCAAGCCGUUGAAUCAGACGACGAGAGGUCUUCAACCCAAGACGCCCGGAAACAAAUAUCCCAAGACACCUUUGCGAAUUCCACUGAAUGACGAAAAUGCACCAACCGGGUUUGGGAAGACGGGUAAAGGAAAGGGCUUGGACAAUUUGGUGAGCGGGAAGAAGAUCGCCACAUUCGACAAGAAUGCCUUCAUUACUCCCAUGGCUCCUCGUGAACGAGCUCCCCUCGGUGCGAAGACAACCAAUGCCAAGGCCAAGGCUUUCCAAACACCGGCUGGACCAACUCUCGGAAAGGAGCUCGAGAAGAGUAAACCGAAGCAAACCAGUGCUCGUCGACCCAAGAAGGUGAUCCAUGCCGACACCGUCAAGCUCGAGGUUCAUGGCGAUGAGAGUCCACUCACCGAGAGAGACGUCGAAUACUGCCCACCCAAACCAAAGGAGCUUCCAUUCGAGUGUGAUGAUUUCCCUGAUGGAUGUCUCAACUACUCUGCUCUCAAGCCCGAGAAUAUGAUGCGAGAUAUCUAUCAAAGUUACUAUCAACCUAUGCUCAAGAGACAAGCAGCCAAGCACGAUAAGGACUCACAGGAUCUCUAUGACAAAGUUAUGAAGGAACAUGACGAGGGUGUUAUGAAGAUGAUGGAGGAGGACUGGACGGUUGGUGAUGUCCCUGAGGCAUUCCGACAUCUGCGGAAAAAGCAAAUACAACCUCAAGAUAAGCCCAUCGCAAAAUCUACCGAGCAAAUCAAGAAGCCAACAGCGAUGUCGAAUAAAGGUCCUGCAACCAUUACCUCGCGAAAGGCAGCAUCCGCAUUAUCUGUCGCACCGAAAGCAGCCCCAGUAGCACCGAAGGCCUCGAAACCUGCACCGAAGGCAUCCUUCCUUUACAGAUCAAAAGCUCCAGUAGUCCCAAGUCUACCAAGCAAUACAUCAAGUAUGCGCCACACUGCUGCUACAGCAGCAUCGAGAUCCACAAUUGGAUACACAAAGGGCCGAUCAGCUUCGGGUGCGUUGAAUGCAAACACCUUCAAGCCGGAGCGAAGUGGACUUCAGAGAAGCGUUAGCAACAUGAGCCAAGGUUCCGAUACCACCAUCACCCCAGCCAAUUUUAAGGACGCCGAACCGGAAUGGAAGAAUCCGAGCUUCUUGAAGGCAUUUGAGGUUGAUGAUGAUGAAUUAGAGCCUGGCCUGAGGGGAGUUCUACCAGAGUCUCUGAGGCGGAUGGACGGGGAUGAAGAGGAGUUUGUUAUGCCUCUACCAUCGAGUGAGAGCAAGUGAGUGUAUGAGUAUGGUGUGUGCAGCAUGUUUUCGACUUGUUGGAUCAGUGUUUCGGCGUUGAUGGUUUGAUUAGUUCAAGCGUUUAGAUACUAGGUAUGGUUGGUCCACGGCACGCUAGGGUAGGUGGAGGUAUGGAUGCAAACAAUCUUAGGGAGGCUAUCAUUGUAAGUAUAAUUUGUCUGGAAUAGACUACCUUAUCAUGCAACGCGACAGCACAAGCAUCAGCAUGUUGACUUCGAGUAUUGCUUUGUCGGCGUCACCUUGGCCUUUAAAUUGGGGGAACUCUUCACGUUAUGCUGUAAUUCCACUACAC